UCGUAGCACAUUGCAGCACUCGCAAGUCUUGUGACACAUUACGACAGAAUCUCUGAUCGAAUGUUUUGAAAGUUGCAUCGCAUUUUACGGUGAUUUCUAACAUCUUGAAGUGUACAAGCAAGAGCGCCAUGCCUGCCGUCACAGAGACCGGCGACCUGUAUUCGUCUCCAGUAGCGUUUGUUUAUGUGUUCAAUCUGAUUAUCGGGGCCGGUGCUCUGACGAUGCCUAAAGCGUUUGCUGGCGCCGGAUGGAUCGUCUCCACUGUCUUGAUCUGUGUUUUGUGCGGCAUGAGUUUCAUUACAUCAACCUUCAUGGUGGAAGCGAUGGCUGCCGCAAAUGCUCUUUUAGUCGUCCAGAGACGUGAGAAAAAGGAAUAUGAUGGUCUAGUUAGUCAAUCCGUCACGCAGAGUAGCAAUGUUGCAGAAGUUGAGCCACUUUUGAAUUCCUACAAGGUUGAUAUGAAGGAAAAUAAUUUAUACGACAUUAAAGUCAGAGUAGAAAUGGGACAGAUGGCCAAGUUGUUUUACAAUAAAUGGGGACUUAAGCUAUUCUACUUGUGCUUAGUGGUGUAUCUAUAUGGGGACCUGGCAAUUUAUGCUGCAGCUGUUCCAAAGUCUUUAACACAGAUAUCAUGUGGAACUCUUUAUAGCCAUGUCAACCAGACAAAUGGGACGUCUGAUGAACUUGCCCCAUGCUGGGGCACCCUCUCCACUGGUAACGUCUACAGAAUUUAUCUGCUGAUAUUCUCUCUGGCACUGGGUCCAUUUUCGUUCUUCAACGUGCAAAAGACAAAGUACCUGCAGUAUCUAACUACCCUCUUGAGGUGGAAAGCCUUCAUAAUGAUGAUAGUCCUCGCGACAAUGCUCAUCGCUGAACAAAAACAGACCACCACGCAUGCUCCAGUAGCCGCUGACCUGUCAGGGGUGCCGAGCCUGUUCGGCGUGUGUGUGUACUCGUUCAUGUGCCAGCACUCCCUCCCCUCCCUCAUCACUCCUGUCAGAAACAAGUCGCGCCUGACGUUGCUCUUCGUGUCGGAUUUCACCAUCAUCCUCAUCUUCUACGCCGUGCUCUCCUUCACCGCCAUGUUCGCAUUUGGGGACCUGAAGGACUUAUACACGCUGAAUUUCGUGAUUUACAGCAACGCCUACGUGCGGUAUUUCCUUGCGCUAUUCCCAGUCUUCACUCUGAGUACCAACUUCCCCAUCAUCUCCGUCACCUUGAGGGAUAACCUGAAAAACCUGUUUUACCGGGAAGGCAGGCCUUACCCCUGGGUGAUUGACAGGCUUGUUUUCCCACUUGUCGCCAUUCUCCCUCCGAUCCUCGUCGCGUUCAUUACACAAAACCUGGAGUUCCUCGUCGGUGUGACCGGAUCUUACGCGGGGGCUGGGGUCCAGUAUCUAAUACCCGCUUCCCUUGUGUACUGCGGGCGUAAGAAGCUAAGGACGCUUCUAGGUUGCUAUGACAACAAGCAUCGGUCCUUGCUUCGUCAUAGGACGUGGUUGUUCUUUGUAUACGCCUGGACUUUUAUAUGUGUUGCCUUGGUAACGGUGUACCAUAUAAUUUCUAAGAAGUAGUGCUCGCAUGACGAUGACGUUAUCAAUUUUCCUAGACUCACUCAUAUGACGUCAGAAAUUUUCCAAGACUAACUCACAUGACGUCAUCAAUUUUUAAGAAUCACUCAUAUGACGUCAUCAAUUUUUAAGACUCAUUCACAUGACGUCAUCAAUGAAGGUCCUUACAAUAUAGCAACCACCUAAUCCGGAAUGUUAACGCGUUUGUUAUAUAGUGCCUACCUGUUCCCACAAGGAGGUAAACGCAAGCGCAACACAAGUAACACAAGCGCAACACAAGUGCAACUCCAGUGAAAAUCGCUCAAAUCGGUUCCCUCUGUCGCGCGGUUGAUCUUACUCUGGCGUUCCAGUGAGAAUCGAAAAUUACGCGCUUUGCGGAUGCGUCCCACUAAAUGGCGUUCGAGGCUUUGGGGUCACUGUGCUCAUUUGAUCUGCGAAGAGGCCUGUAGCUGGUUUACAGUAUUAUUUUCGGGGGAGGAUGGGGGGGAGGGGGGGUAAGGGUUUGGGUGGCUCAGGUAACACAACCUUUUCAUUUGCUUAGCCAGAAAUAUUGGUAUUAUUUAUUAUUUUUUUUUGGGGGGGGGGGGGCAUGGAGCUAUUUGCUUUAAUAAUAAUUCCCCUCUUGUUCCCCUUUAAUUAUUAAACGAUAAUAUGUCCAA